AUGGCUGAAUCUGGCAAUGCCCCCAGUAGCUACCUCGUGGACACGGAGGAGAAGGGGAAUGUCGGGCUUUCAUGGAAAAUUUGCAAUCUGGUUAAGUGCGCGUUAUUUCUAUUACUCUGGGUGUACUCCGCGGUAUAUCUCAUCACUACAGUUCCCAAAAGGCCAAGUACUUUCCUCGUGCCGUUGAUGCCCUACAACAAGUAUGUGAUUAAUUCGAGGGAGAAAUUACAACACAGUGAUAUAGGCAUUCAACUUGUCGGUCCCAUCGAUAAGAUAUUGACUCUAAAUCCUGAAUGGGCAACCAAUUCAAAUCCACGUAUUUUGGUUAAAGUCGAGAGCUUCAAUGCGUUGGCUAAUUUCACGGAAAUGGAAUCGGAAUCUUGGAUUAUCUUUUUGCUUACCAAACAGAAUGAAAUAAACGAAAGGAUAAGUAAACAGUUUCGACUGAAAAGCAAACCGAGUGUUAUGAGGUCCCUAAUUUACCAACAACAUCCCAAACGGGCUAAGGAGUUCGAUAUGCCGAUAAUUGGUGUGGGCUAUCACGAAUUGCAUGUAUUACUGACAAAUUAUUAUAACGAUUCAUUGGCCGUAUUUGUGGUCAUCAGUUAUAACCCGGUUAGUACGAAUAUUGCCGUUGCGGGUGGAAUAUUGCUGCUCUUAUUUUUAUAUGUGCUGAUUAUAUUGGACCUGGCGGAUAGUGCGUUUGCUGUAAUGCUGGUGGCAAUGGGCGGAAUUGGAUUGCUUUGUAUGAUGCACGCGCGACCUGAGUUGAACGAGAUAAUUUCCUGGAUUGACAUAGAAAACAUAAUGCGUGCCUUGAGCCUGAUGUUAAUUAUGCUCGUCGUGGAAAAGACGAUAAUCUUCGAUCUCAUAGUCACCAUCGUGUAUCAGCUGUCACGUGGGAAAAUUUGGCUGCUUGUACUCAUUCUGUGCUGGUCUGCGGCCAUCGGCUCUGCCUUACUCGACAAUAUAACAGUAGUGCUGCUAAUGGGCCCAGUUACGUUCCGGCUAUGUCAGAAACUAGCAUUGUGCACGACAGUGAUGCUCAUAAGUAUUACGGUAUUUGCCAAUAUCGGGAAUGCACUGUCCCCUUUAACUGCGCAGUCCAUACAUUAUAGGGAUAUCAUUUUGGAUAUCAAGAAGCAGCGGAUCAGUUAUGGCAGCUUCUUUUUGCACGUGCUUCCGGGCGUUUUUUUUAGUAUGGUGCUUGGAUCCGCAGUGCUCUAUUGUUUAAUACGGAAAAGGAUAUAUGGCAGAAGUCAAUUAUUUGGAUCUGUGUCCGCGCUUACAGCUCAUGCUGAAAGGUUGAAUAAAAUCGACGCGCAACUAAGCUACUACUAUGAAAGACGCAUUAUUCAGCUGAAGACAAUUAAGAUCGCGCAGAACUCAGAAGUAAGGCAGAUAGAUUUCCAAGAAACACUGGCCGAGAUGAAAGCCACGUGUACAGUAACUAAUUUUAAGCUGCUCAUCGCAUGCAUUGUGGCGCUCAGCUUUACCAUUGUCCUGUAUGUUCUUGAGUAUUACUUCGCCCAAACCGGCAUCUCACGAAGCUGGCUAACAAUCUACGCUGCAGUACUGUUGCUUAUUUUGAGCAACAUGGGGCAGUUCGAGUUAUUACUAAACCGAGUUGACUGGUGGUCCCUAAUAUUUUUCGCCGCGCUGCUUGUACUAUUCAGGUCGAUUCGCUAUCUGGGUAUGGAACACUUGAUUGCGAGUAUGGUUCGAAAGGUUAUAUACAGCGCAGACAAGGAUCAAAAAUUGCUUAUCAGUAUUGUAUUGAUGACAUCGAUGUCAGCUCUUGAGUCCGCUUUCAUGCCCUACUUAGGAAUGAAGUCUGCGAUGGUAAGCGAGGCCAUAAGCUUGAGCGAGAACGUCGGUUUACCUCAUUCACCACUCGUGUGGUCCAUUAUCUACGGCUGUUCUUUCGGGGAAAAUGGCAACAUGAUUAGUUCGUUCACCAAUGUGCUUGUCAUUGGCUUUGCCCACCGACAGGGCUUCCGAAUUUCGUUUUGGAAUUUCUUCGUUAUCAGUUUUCCAAUUAUGUUGACGACAGUACUGAUAGCCAAUACUUAUCUAACUAUCGCCCAUUUGUUUUGGAAUUGGCAUGAAAAACUGCCAUAA